CUGCCGGCCGGCCCGGAUGGCGGGCGGCGCGGGCUGGGCGGGCGCCCCCGCGGCUCUGCUGCGCUCCGUGCGCCGCCUGCGCGAGGUGUUCGAGGUGUGCGGCCGCGACCCCGACGGCUUCCUGCGCGUGGAGCGCGUCGCGGCGCUGGGACUGCGCUUCGGCCAGGGCGAGGAGGUAGAAAAACUUGUGAAAUGUUUGGAUCCCAACGACCUGGGGAGAAUCAACUUCAAGGACUUUUGCCGCGGGGUGUUCGCCAUGAAAGGGUGCGAGGAGCUUCUGAAGGAUGUGCUGUCAGUGGAGAGCAUGGGGACACUGCCGUGCGCGCCGGAGAUCCCAGACUGCGUGGAGCAGGGCAUCGACGUCACAGGCCCCACCUUUGCUGAUGGCGAGCUCAUCCCCAGGGAGCCCGGCUUUUUUCCCGAGGACGAGGAGGAGGCUAUGACGCUGGCCCCGCCUGAGGGCCCCCAGGAGUUGGACACAGACAGCCCCAUGGAGAGCACUCAGAGCCUGGAGGGGUCUGUUGGGAGUCCCGCCGAGAAGGACGGGGGACUCGGGGGCCUGUUUCUGCCAGAGGACAAGUCCCUGGUCCUCACUCCGUCCAUGACAACUUCGGACCUUUCUACACACUCUACCACCUCGCUCAUCAGCAACGAGGAGCAGUUUGAAGACUAUGGGGAGGGUGACGACGUGGACUGUGCCCCCAGCAGCCCUUGCCCCGACGACGAGACCAGGACCAACGUCUACUCCGACCUGGGGUCUUCGGUGUCCUCCAGUGCGGGGCAGACACCUAGGAAGAUGCGGCACGUGUACAACAGUGAAUUGCUGGACGUUUACUGCUCUCAAUGCUGCAAGAAAAUCAACCUGCUCAAUGACUUGGAAGCCCGGCUGAAAAACCUGAAGGCCAACAGCCCCAACCGAAAGAUCUCCAGCACAGCCUUUGGACGGCAGCUCAUGCACAGCAGCAAUUUCAGCAGCAGCAACGGCAGCACCGAAGACCUGUUCCGAGACAGCAUUGACUCCUGCGACAAUGACAUCACAGAGAAGGUGAGCUUCCUGGAAAAAAAAGUGACAGAGUUGGAGAAUGACAGCCUGACCAACGGAGACCUGAAGAGCAAGCUGAAGCAGGAGAACACACAGCUGGUGCACAGGGUGCACGAGCUGGAGGAGAUGGUGAAGGAUCAGGAGACCACGGCCGAGCAGGCGCUGGAGGAGGAGGCACGGCGCCACCGCGAGGCCUACGGCAAGCUGGAGAGGGAGAAGGCCACCGAGGUGGAGCUGCUCAAUGCCAGGGUGCAGCAAUUGGAGGAAGAAAAUACAGAGCUUAGAACAACAGUGACUCGGCUCAAGUCUCAAACAGAGAAACUGGAUGAGGAGCGGCAGCGCAUGUCUGACCGUCUAGAGGACACCAGCCUGCGGCUCAAAGAUGAGAUGGACCUAUACAAGCGCAUGAUGGACAAGCUGCGGCAGAACCGCCUGGAGUUCCAGAAGGAGCGGGAGGCAACGCAGGAGCUCAUCGAGGACCUGCGGAAGGAGCUGGAGCACCUGCAGAUGUACAAGCUGGACUGCGAGCGGCUGGGCAGGGGGCGGAGUGCCUCCUCUGGCCUGGGCGAGUUCAGUGCCAGGGCCCGAGAGGUGGAGCUGGAGCAUGAGGUUAAGCGGCUCAAGCAGGAGAAUUAUAAGCUGCGGGAUCAGAAUGAUGACUUGAAUGGACAGAUCUUGAGUCUCAGCCUCUACGAAGCAAAAAACCUCUUUGCCGCCCAGACCAAAGCCCAGUCUCUGGCUGCAGAGAUAGACACCGCCUCGCGGGAUGAGCUAAUGGAAGCCCUGAAGGAGCAGGAGGAGAUCAACUUCCGGCUGAGGCAGUAUAUGGACAAGAUCAUCCUCGCCAUCCUAGACCACAACCCCUCCAUCCUUGAGAUCAAACACUAAGGCACAGGGCUGGCUGCAGAGCAGCCUCAGGACCCUGGGACCAAGGGGCGGACCCUGCUCAAGGAUGCAGGCCUCGGCCGGGCCUCAAACUCACACUGUAAAUGUCUCUGGCCACGAUGCGUUACAUGUACCCGUGUAUGUGUGGGGAGGCUGUGUGCGUGAGCGAGGGGUGAGUGGCCGUGGCUGUGGGUAGUGUCCACACGGUCAGCCGUGCAUGCACUUUGUGGCCCCUUUGCAAGGGGCAGAGGGUACUGGAAGUGGGAGGGGGUGAGGUCUGCUAUCAGGAGUUACUGUAAAAACAAGAACUGGAAGCUCAUGUUUCCGGUACUGGGUAAAAUGAUUCUACCUCUGGGGAUGAGGAUUCACAUUCACUCUAGUGCGAUGGGCUCUUUCGCUGCACUCCUUGUCCCACUGGGAGUGGGAGCAAAAUCAUGAUCUUUUCCGGGAGUUUGAAUUCCCCGUAUUUGUGUCCUCGCCAGCUCUUUGGCCACCUUUCAGACCCCGCUGUUCAAGCAAAGAGAGGAUGAAGGGGCAUCUGGAGGGUCCACGAGAUGGGAUCCCCACCAAAGGCCGUGGCCCCCAGCCGGCAGCCUUCUGUGAUGUGUGCACAGAUGUGUGAACAGGACUCAGGUUUCAGAGGAGAUGGCGCGGGCAUCCUCAUCCUGCAGAGUUCGUGCACCCCUCGCCCAUGCUACCUACCUCCCACUUGCUGUUUUGGUUUGGUUUUUAAAACAAUGAAGCAGUAUUCACUGGGUGUAACAGGAAGGGAUAAAAACAAAGGAGAAAAAGAGUGUUUGGGAUGGAGUGUCUAAGGCAGGAGUUGACAUCGGGCAACCAAAGAAAUGGUUUUCUGGGGAGGAACACAGCUCCCAUCCUGGUCAGUUUCCUUCCCAUGGCUGCAUCUUAAGAUGGAUGCAUGGAGAGACUGUCUGCCUGGCUCCCUAUCUUGAUUCUCCACGCAGCCUGGUGAUAGCCUUGGAUUUGGAUUUCAGAAUCUGAGCUCUGGGCUCCACUUGUGUGGCAGCAAGACCGCUUCACUCCAGUGUGUAGAAACACACCUGUAUUUGGUUCUCAGCACUGACAGGAGGCGGGUGGGAAAGUUUCGGGAAAACCUUAGUCUUCCAUCCUCCGACCCGUGGUAGAAAUUCACACCAUGGAUUUUUAAUGGAUCUUUUGUUCUAGGCAGCUGGGAGUAGACAUGGUACCUAGAGUUUUCCAAUCUAUCUCGAUUUUAUAUGGCUUGUGAUUCAUUUUCUUAACCCAAAUAUAUAUAAAUGUGUGUGGUCUGAUUCUUCCCCUGCAGUUUCCUGUUUUCUUCAGCACAUCUUAGGUAUGAGAAGGAAGGUUUGGGCAUGUUGGGAUGGUCAGUGGAGGAGGAGAAGCAGAGAAGAGAAGGCAGUGAGGGUGAGGAGGGGAUCUGGGGACUUGGGUGUGACCCCUGCAUGACAAAGGCAGGGUUGUGGCCAGGACCAGCCUUCAUUCCAUUCCAUUCAGUGUUUGCGUUUGUUGGCUCCUGUGGCUACUUUUUAAUCCAGUUUCAUGCUGCAAAUAGUGGGGUCACAUUGGUCUGACCCAGGACUUUGGAGCCAUCCACACUGGGAAGACUAGGCUAGGCAGUCGGUCUUCUAGGAGUCUCUCAGUUCCUUAAGACGGGGGUCUCUUUGGGCUCCCCCGAGGGUCUGCGAAGAGGCAGUGGAAGAAGGCAGGAGGAGAGGGUCUCUUGAGAAUUUGCCAAUAGGAAAGAAUAGCCACCAAGGAAAGGAACAAGACAGAUCCUGAGAUGGCUUUGGUCUCCGUGUUAGGUUGGAGGGAGUAUUGGUCCGUGGGGGCCUUCCCCCAGGGAUGACUUUUAUUUGUAAAAUGUUAUCUGCUGGCUACUUGAAAUUUCAGAGAAGGCUGCACAGCCUGGGUUACACAGCCUGGGAAGAAGAGUCUCUGCCCCGGGAAGGCCGGAGAAAGCAGCUGGCAGCCUGCAGCAUGCUUCCGGCUCCUCCCUCUAGGGGGCGCCAUGGGAACAGGCUCCGGGAGGCGGCCUGAGUCCUAAAGUCCGCCCCCCCAACCCCAACCCCAACCCCAACCUGGUGCAGCGUCAGAGGGUCCUCUGGAACAGGGCUGGCUUUUAAAUGAGGGGCUGAAUUCCAGCUCACACACACCUCAACUUUCUUCAGCCAGAAUACAUUUCUUGUAAAGCCUGGCUUGUCGGCUUGGCUUUUAAAGAUAUGUAUGUUUGUAAAAAUAUCCUUCUGGGCUCAAAAGCUAGCUUGAGGGCAGAUGCCCCAGGGGUUCCAGCUCCACAGCCCUGGCAGGUCUCAGAGCCCUUGGUGGUAGGGAUGGAGAGCCUGAUCUCUCUGUUUCUGCCCUUACCCCUCAGUAGUGGGGCUGCAAGGUAGUAGACAGGAUGCCCAGUUACGUUUGAAUUUCAGAUGGGCAAAUAAUUUUAGAAUAUGUUCCACCCAGUACUUAGGACGAUGUUAUUUUUAGAGAGGGUCUUGCUCUGUUGCCCAGGCAGGAGUGUAGUCUUAGUAUGAUCGCAGCUCAGGAUAACCUUGAACUCCCAGGCUCAAGAGAUCCUCCUGACUUAAAUGCCCGAGUAUCUGGGACUACAGGCAGGUACCGCCAUGCCCAGCUAAUUUUUCUUAUUUUUUUGUAGAGACAGGAUAUCACUGUGUUGUCUCACUCGAGCAGCUGGCCUCAAGUGAUCCUCCCGCCUCAGCUUCCCAAAGCACUGGGAUUAUAGGCAUCUUUUAAAUGGAGAGAUUUAAAAACUUCUCAUGAUUAGACUGAAUCCUCAGAUGUCCUGGUUUAGUUGUGAGUGUAGCCCAGGCAUGGAAGUUUUUAAAGAGCUACUCAGGUGAUUCCAGUUUAAUUGGGUGUCCCGCGUGGGGUUUAUUUAUUUUUGUUUUUUUGGUUGGUUAUUGCUAAACCUGGCAAUCCUACAAAGUAGGGAUUAGCAGCAAUUUACCUGAAAUUUAGAGGUGUUUUUUGGGUGGGGCAAGGGUUUCUGUAGUAGACUCAGAUUUUACAUGGCCCUGAGCUGCCCUUGCGUUCAAUUGGAAGCCACACAAAAUUAGCUGAACCAGGAGUGAGCUUUGUAUACAGUAUCUAGUAGGAAAUGAAGUGCUUUCUGGUUCAGCUAGUCUCUAUGUGGUGAGAGGCUUUAAGAAAUUUCUAGUAAAUUUUUUCGGGCCGGGCACGGUGGCUCACACCUGUAAUCCCAGCACUUUGAAGGGCCAAGGCAGGCGGAUCACCUGAGGUUGGGAGUUCCAGACCAGCCUUACCAACAUGGAGAAACCCUGUCUCUACUAAAAAUACAAAAUUAGCCAGGCGUGGUGGCGUGUGCCUGUACUCUAGCUAAUCAGGAAGCUGAAGCAGGAGAAUCUCUUGAACCUGGGAGGUGGAGGUUGCGGUGAGCCGAGAUCGCGCCAUUGCAAUCCAGCCUGGGCAACAAGAGAGAAACUCCGUCUCAAAAAAAAAAAAAAAAAAGCUUUUUUCUUUCAACUUUGAAUUGGCCAAAGUUAACCCUAGGUUAUUUUAUUUUAAAUUGGUAGAUUUCUUUGAGAACUGUCACAGGGAAAUUCCUUUUCAUUACCGUCUUAAGCAUGGGGGGGCUUGGACCCACUGAACAGGACAGGCGUGAUGGCUCACUCCUGUAGUCCUAGCACUUGGGAGGCAGCGGCAGGUGCAUUGCUCAAGCUCAGGAGUCUGAAAACGGCCUGAGCAACAUAGUGAUACCUUGUCUCUAUCAAAAAUAAAACACCAAGCUCAAGAACCUGCAUGAAGGCCUGAAGCAGUGGGCUCACCUGUGCGUUGGAAUCACCUGGGGAGAUGUGUAAGCUGCUGAUGCCUGGGCUGAACCCCCAGAGGUUCGGAUUGAAUUGAUGUGGGGUGUGGUCCAGGCAUCUGGAUGUGUAAAGACCUCCCUGGGUGGUGGUGAUAUGCAGCCCGAGGUUGAGACUCCCCUGUCCUAGAAUUUCGUUGGCCACAGGUAGAGGAAACUGGUAGAAGUGGUUGCUGGGCUUGUCAAGCCAGGGCUGAAUGACGGCGAGCUCUCCUGCUGGGAGGGUACCUUUUCCUGUUAUGUUGUUGAAUGGUCCUGGCCUGCAUGAUGGGAGGCCAGAUGCCUUCAGGGGCUGGUGGAUCCAGCUGUUCUCACCAGCCUGGAGGUUAACAGACCGGAGUGGGUGGGCAGGACCUUGGCCUGCUGCCUCUGGAGUCAGUGGGUGGCACGUGUUGGGAAAUACUGGCUACAGGCUCAUUCCAAAGAGCAGGUAGAACAGAGUCAGCAGGAAACUGACAGGUGGGGCUGUCCCCCGGAAAGCAGCCUCUGAAACAGCUGCCACCUACUUACAUAGCUGAGCAGGAGGAGAUACUGUCUUUGCGGGUUUUGCCUGUGGUCUGUUUCCUGACUGGGUUGAUGAGGGAGUCCCCAGCUCUUUCCCUGUUAGCCAAACCGGCAUCCCACUCACACAUUGGACACCCCAGGUGCUAGUCCACUGGUGCUGAUGGUCUCUGGGGGCACGAGCACAGCUUCUUGCUUCCAAUGAGGACUUAGUCAGCAGAAGCCUCCGGGGGCCAGGUGAAAUUGGGAGAAAUGAAGCCCUCUUUCUAUGCGCUAUGUAUGUGGGGUUAACACAUUAGCAAAUUUAAACUUAAAAGUAACUCUAGGCUGGGCACGGUGGCUUAUGUCUGUAAUACCAGCACUUUGAGAGGCCAAGGUGGGGAGAGUGCCUGAGCUCAGGAAUUCAAGACCACCCUGGACAACAUGGUGAAACUCUGUCUUUAUUUUUAAAAAUAUGAUUAUGAAGCUGAAGGCUGUGAAGUGAAAAAAAAAAUUGUACCAGGAAAGUUCGCAUGGUCACCAUGCCAAGAAAAUGACUUUGGUUGCCUGGUAGAUCCACAGUGACACUUUUUAAAGGGCUGCUGUCGUGGAUUCUAGAUUAAGGAAACGGACCACCUAGGACUCAGCUCUUGUAUUCGCCACAGUCCUUCCUCCCAGACUCUGGCCCUCCUUUUGGGACCUAGGAAAUCCCCUCCAGGGUGAUGCUGCUGGCUAGUAAGACUGAGCCCUGAUCCUAGGGACCCACUGGGUCCUGACUUCCUGCCCUGAGCACACAAUGAAUGGAGGAAGCAGGAGAGGCUAGAAACAGGACUCUGCCCUCCCUGCAUGGCAGGACAGCACCAAGGCCCUUCUGCCAUAUUCUCUGCUGCCCACCAGAGAAAAUGGGCCACUUUCUAGAAAGAUUUGUUUCUAAAAGUGUAGACCCAGGGGAAGCGUUAUGCCACCAUUCUUACCAGGCAAGGUUUCCCAUAGGACCUUCAUGCCCUGACCUCGUAGGUUGCUCCUCUCCCCAUCUGUUAAGGUAGAGAUGUCUGCUCCGGAGCCACCAGCUGGGGACGCCACCCAGGCCAUGUCUCCUGCAGAAUCCAAGUGCUGUUGUCCCAGGGUGACCCUGCCCCCUGCUUGCUGUGCUGCACAGGCUGUUUUCGUCUGCAUGGUUUGGGGUCUUUGUCCUUGUGCCUUUUCUUCCCCGUCGCCACUGUACAGGAUUUUCCACAUCGCCCACUGCCUCCUUUCUACAUCAUCUCGUCUCCGUGGCCUUUCCUGGGCCCUGUAAAUGUGUACUUUAUCCACGUGCCUCCCCCAUGUGAGGCCAGCUGUCCCGGGCAUGUUUAUCCACAAGGAUCAGGCCCCACUUGCCCUCACUCAGCCUACAGACUGGGUAACUUUGUGCAGAAUCUUUCAUUAUUGUCUUAAGCAUGGGGGACUUGGACCCACUGAGUCCCUCCUCCAGCCUGCAGCUAGUUUAGGAGGCUCGCAUUCCAGAAAAGUGCAAGUUUGUAUAAAGCAGCGUCUCCCACAAAGCUCUUCCUACACUGAUAGUGAUGUCCGGCUGAGUGUCACUCAUUAACCUGGGGCUCUGGUCCCAGCAGGGAUGUCACAGGCCUGUGGCUGCUCGGUGUGUGCACCGUCUCUACCCCCCAAGGAAGCCCUGUCGACGGUUCCUGGUGUACAGCCUUGGUUCUGUGUUGGGGCCACCACAUCUGGGUUUAGAACAGCUGUGGGCCCCACUUGGGCAGAAGGAAGAGGCGUUUAGCUGCUACCCCUGACUGCUGUGAACACCUGCCCCUCCCUUCCUUGUCUACUGAGGUGCUCAGACCAGAGUGCCAUUAAAUACCCAACAGAUGUCAGGGAGCGGACGAUGCAUUGCGGAAGACUCACAGCUGUGGGCCCCCUUCCAGCUCUUCCCACUUUCUUUGCUGGUCUUCUGGGGCCUAUAUGGAAUGAACUCCACACUUGGCCUCAUGCCCAAGGGUUUGUUGGAUGGCUCUGAUUCUGUGGGAUUCAACUUGAGUUUUAUGCCCCAGGAGACUCUGUCUGGAAACAGGCUUAGCUUUAGGGCUGGGGUGGGACCUGCCCUGUGGGCCCUAGGGUGGGGACGGUGGGGGGUGAGGCCCUGAGGCUGGCCAGGGUCCAGGCUUUUUGCCUCCAGCCUGCUUCUACCCUAUAGGAACAGGCUCUAGGUGGCACGCUCCUCCCAGGGAGCUUUACUGUACAGAUCAAGGUGUAAAUAAACAGUUUACUCUUCUC